AUGGAUCUAAGAACAUCACUAAGAGAUAUCACAACAUUGGAUAAAAACAUUCAUUUUUCACUUUGUACCAUCGAGUUUCAAGUCAUGAGUUUGCUUUCUCUCAUCAUUUCUCCUGUUGGGAUGGUACUAAAUGGCAUAGUCCUGUGGUUCCUGGCCUUCCAGAAUCAUAGGAAUGCCUUCUCUGCCUACAUCAUCAACCUGGUUGUGGCUGACUUUCUCUUCCUGUGUUCUCACUUCCUAUUUUCCCUUCUUAUUGUCCUCACCCGCUACACUAUUUUAAUGUACAUUAGACAGAUUUUGGAUACUGUGACAAUAUUUGCUUAUUUUUUUGGCCUGAGCAUUAUCACCAUCAUUAGCAUUGAGUGCUGGUUGUCUGUCAUGUGGCCCAUCUGGUAUCACCGUCAACGUCUGAGACUCACAUCAGCUGUCAUCUGUGUCUUGCUUUGGGUUGUAUCCCUGCUGUUUCCUGCCCUGCAGAUGAAGACAUGUAGCUUGCUGCUUAAUACCUUAGACAAUUAUCGGUGUGAGAUAAUCAAUUCUAUCUCUAGUGCAUGGUUAAUUGUUUUAUUUGUGGUUCUAUGUUGUUUCAGCCUCAUCUUGCUUCUCAGGAUCUCCUGUGGAUCACAGCAGGUUCAUGUGACCAGGCUGUAUGUGACCAUUUCACUCAGGGUGCUAUUUUGCCUGCUCUUUGGCAUUCCCUUUGGGAUCUACUGGAUGGUUGACCAAUGGAAUGAAGAAAAUUUUUCUUUUAGAGCUUGUGGUUUUUCACAUGAUAUACUAUACCUAUACUGUAUUAACAUCUGUGCCAAUGCUACUGUUUACUUCCUUGUUGGCUCCAUUAGGCAUGGCAAGUUCCAGAGGAUGACUCUGAAGCUGAUUCUGCAGAGGGCCAUACAGGACACCCCUGAGGAAGAAGGUGGAGAGAGGGGUCCUUCAGGAAAUCCUGAAGAACUGAGAACAGUCUAG